GCGUUUCCGGAAACUGCAGAGAUUUCAGGACACGUCCGUUGAUCGCUCUCUCUUGCCUCCUCUUUGCUGUUUGUUUGGAUACCGACACUCUCCGCCUUAUACUCACACUCUUACCCAAAAAUUAAAAAAUAUAUAUAUUUAUAUUUUUCAUAUAUAUAUAUAUAUACAUAUACAUACGGUUUCUUCUCUCUCCAUAACCAGAACCAGAAGGAGAACGAAGAAGAAGAAGAAGAAGAAGAGUAGAGAGGAGAUAUGAGCAGCGAAAAGGUUUCGUCUUCCGCUGCAACUUCCACCACCACUUUCACUCCCUCCUCCGGUGCUUUUUCUCCUCACGUCGAGCUCGCCAAGGGCGUCAAUGGCCUCGACAAGCUCGUCCUCCGCGAGUUCCGCGGCAGCUCCGCCGAGGUUUAUCUGUAUGGGGGUCAUGUGACAUCAUGGAAGAAUGAUCAUGGGGAGGAGUUGCUCUUUGUCAGUAGUAAGGCUAUUUAUAAGCCUCCUAAAGCAAUUCGUGGUGGCAUUCCAAUAUGUUUUCCUCAGUUUGGAAGUCUUGGUCCUCUUGAGCAGCAUGGAUUUGCUAGGAACAGGUUUUGGGCUGUGGAUACUGAUCCACCCCCUUUUCCGACACCAACAUACAGAGCUUUUGUUGAUUUGAUCCUUAAGCCUUCUGAAGAAGAUAUAAAGAUUUGGCCCCACAGUUAUGAGUUUCGCCUGCGGGUAGCUUUGGGACCAGGGGGAGAUCUCAUGCUGACAUCGCGCAUCAGAAACACCAACACUGAUGGGAAGCCAUUCACAUUCACGUUUGCAUAUCAUACUUAUUUUUCUGUUUCAGAUAUCAGUGAAGUUCGAGUAGAAGGAUUAGAGACCCUGGAUUAUUUUGACAACUUGAAGAAUCGGGAGCGUUUUACUGAACAAGGGGAUGCGAUAACAUUUGAAUCAGAAGUUGACAAGAUCUAUCUUAGCACCCCUACAAAGAUUGCAAUUCUUGAUCACGAGAAGAAGAGAACAUUUGUAAUACGCAAGGAUGGACUCCCAGAUGCUGUGGUUUGGAAUCCGUGGGAUAAGAAGGCGAAAGCUAUAUCUGAUUUUGGAGACGAUGAGUACAAGCACAUGCUGUGCGUUGAGGCCGCUGCUAUUGAGAAACCUAUCACAUUGAAACCUGGCGAGGAGUGGAAGGGAAGACAGGAACUUUCUGCUGUUCCCUCCAGUUACUGCAGUGGGCAACUCGAUCCUCAAAAAGUCCUCCAGAGCAGCUAAGAUCCAUCGACAUUAUAUUUGUACAGGUACUUUGUCGUAAUGUGUAGAUGGAUCAGAAUUCGAAGUAAUGCCCCGCUAUUUUAUCUUAUUUUAUUUUAUUUUGCUUUUUCCUCUUUAAAUUUUCCUCAUAUUGGAUUUAAAGAUGGAUUCAUGAGUAGAUGACUUUUGUUUAAAUAAUAUUUUAGUCGAUGACUUUUGUAAGGUUGUCUCGAGUCAGAUUGGAAACCUAAGGUGGGAUGGGAUGGCCAGCAAUGCCACUAUGGUGGAUGGAGAUAACAUUUUUUUUUUUGUUCAAUGGAAUCUCUCAUUGGAAUGAAAAUUAGGUGUUCUUUUGUUUUAA